AUGGCCCACACCACCAAGGAAAACAGGGAUGUCUAUUAUCGCAAGGCUAAGGAAGAUGGAUACCGUGCUAGAAGCGCCUACAAACUAAUACAAAUAUUCCAGGCGUAUGGAAUAUUUCAUCCGAUCGCAAGGCUAGAGCAAGUAACGGAACUUCUACGGAAGACGAAGUGCGAGGCUUGCUGCCCACACGACGACCUCAAAGACGUCCGUAAGUUCGACAUAUGCGAGCCAAGGGCUGAAAUAUACCAUUGCUCAAACCUCCCUCGCAUCAGAAAUGUAGUAGAUCUAUGCGCUGCGCCCGGUAGUUGGACGCAGUGUAUCAGGGAUUAUGUCUAUAAUGAAUAUUUUGUCUACAAAGAUGUUGCCAAGGCGCUUGGCAAAGAAAACCCUAUUUGCAUCAAACUUAAAGAAAGUUGUAUGCUAAAACCCGUUAUUAUAGCUGUGGAUUUGCAAGAUAUGGCACCAGUAAAGGGUGUCGAAAUUCUAAAAGGAGACAUCACCAACGAAAAGGUCAUGGAAAAUAUCAAGGAACUGUUUGUCAAAAAUGUGAGCAAACGGUUGCUAGAGUCCGCACAAAAUAAUCCUGAACUUGCGGAUAGCAGCCUAGCUCAAAUCAUCACUUGUGACGGUGCCCCCGAUGUCAGCGGGGUACAUGAGACUGAUGCGUACGUCCAGUCAUGUCUAAUCCGUGCAGCUAUCAGUGUGUGCUCAUCCAUACUGGAUCCAAACGGUCUGUUUGUAUGUAAAGCAUUCUGUAGUGAUAGUGACGCGCCGAUAUAUAGGCAUGUCAACAUUUUUUUCGACGACUUCAGCAUACACAAACCCGCAGCAUCUAGGUUCACAAGUGCAGAGUGCUUCGUAAUUGCACGGGGAUUCAAACCCAUGGGACGAAUUACGAGGGGGUUGAACGGAUUUGUUCACACCGAAGUGCCCCCAGACGUCAAACACGAAGCAAAAUGGCUAAUACCACUGAUGUGCUGUGGUGACCUGGGGGGAUACGACAAAGCAGUAAACAGCUGA